AUGCAUUCAUUUGCAAGUUUUAAUGAUAUUCGAUUUUCUGCUUAUCGUACAGCAAUGAAACUUCGUACAUUACAAAAACGUCUUUGUCUUGAUUUAACAUCGUUAAGUAAUAUAAUAAGUAUAUUUAAUGAAUAUGAAAUAAUUGAUUCAUUAAAUAAAAUGAUUGAUAUAACAGAAAUUCUUGAUUAUUUACAAAAAAUUUUCGAAAAAACAUCAAUUGAAUAUCCACAAUUAGUUCAUG